AGUCCAGACCAGGUGCCAUAUUAAGUAACAUCGUUUUUCACUCAAAAACAUUUCUUUGUUUUUUUAUCUUAGCUCGAAAAAUACCAAAAAUAGGGUCAGAAAUGUCGAGAACAAGAAGAGCUUCGCAUGCUGGUAGUUGGUAUUCUAAUAAUCGUGAUGAAUUGAAUAAUCAACUUGGUGAUUGGUUGUCGAAAGCUGGUAAAGUUCAUCAUCCGGCAAGGGCAAUAAUAGCUCCACACGCUGGCUAUUACUACUGCGGAGCUUGCGGGGCUCAUGCUUAUAAACAAGUCAAUCCAGAGAAAAUCAAGAGAAUAUUUAUUCUUGGUCCAUCUCACCACGUUCGCCUUUUGGGUUGUGCACUUUCGUCUGCUCAAUAUUAUCAAACGCCUCUAUACAAUCUAGACAUUGACUUGGACAUGAAUGAUGAGUUGUUAGCAACUGGAAAAUUUGAGAGAAUGUCUCAAGAUACCGAUGAAGAUGAGCAUAGUUUGGAAAUGCAUCUUCCAUAUAUAGCCAAAGUGAUGUCUGCUAAACAAGGAAAAUUUAAAAUUGUACCGGUGCUCGUCGGUUCACUCUCAACUCAAAAAGAGAAGGAAUACGGCGAACUAUUCGCUAACUAUCUCGCUGAUCCAGAAAACUUUUUCGUGAUUAGUUCAGACUUUUGCCAUUGGGGUGAUAGAUUUAAUUAUAAGCAUUAUGAUAAGUCCAAAGGUGAAAUAUGGCAAAGCAUCGAAGCUCUGGAUAGAACUGCUAUGGAUCUUAUUGAAAAACUGGAUCCACCGGCUUUUAGCGAUUACCUCAAGAAGUACAACAACACUAUAUGUGGACGUCAUCCAAUAGGAAUUUUGCUUAACUCGGUGUAUGCUUUAGGACAAGUUAACGGGCAUGAGUUAUCUUUGAAGUUUACUAAAUACGCUCAAUCAAGUCAGUGUAGAAAUAUGAAAGACUCAUCAGUAAGCUACGCAUCAGCUUCACUCACAAUCACUUCUCACCCAUGA